AUGUGUGAUCUUUCUUUUUCUCUCUCUCUCUUUUGCCAGUCUUUCUUGCUUUCACUCUAUUUUUCUCAGGUUUCUUCACUGCCAUAUCUUGUUUUAGGCUCAUUUGUACUUGUAUUUUCUCAUUUUCUCUUCAAAUUUAUAUCUCUCUUUCUCUUUUGGAUGUUAUUUAAUUACUCUCUAUCUAUUUUUUCCAUUCUCUCUUUGUCUAAUUCUCUCUCCUCUCUUUUCAUUCGCCCCCAUUCUUUCUUCCUUCCUUUUUCUGUCCAUUCUUUUUCCUCUCUUACAACUCUCCAAUCAUUUUCUUCUCUCUUUUUCCUUUUAUUUUACCAUAUAUAUCCUUAUCCUCAUUCCCUUUCUUUAUACUCUGCAUUUCAGUUGCAACAUUUUUUGAGUUAUUACAGGAGAAAAGUUCCUGCUUGUAAAGGAAGAAGUCUUUUGCCAAUUUACUGUCUUUGCAAUUUCUUUAACUGGGAGGACAAAAAGCUUUAA